AUGCGUCCAGCGAUCUUCUUGUCCGCGGCACUGCUCUGCCUUGUGACAUGUGGCAAUGCCGUCAAAGCAGCGUCAGACUUGCAGAACCCCAUCACGUCGGACGUCAACUCGCCUGUGGUGGCCAACGACAAUUGGGUUCAAUCUGAUGCGAACACGAAGCAACGGCGCCUCUUUUCGACGUGGGGAAAGAAGCAUUCGGAACCCGAAGCCGACCCGCAAUCAGCUGCUAAGGACAGUACUGCCAAGGACGCGCAAUUCGACAACAUUACCGCACUAGCUCGUGAAAGCACCUACGCCCGAGACAGCGAUGACAGCAUCGAUAGCUGGGACCUCCCUGAUAGCUCGGACCUCCCCGACAACUCCGAGUCUCUCGACAGCUCGGAUUUCCCGGACAGCUCCGAAUAUCCCGACAGCUCCGACAUCGGCGGCCUAGCUGGCAAAAAGAGCGGUAAACCAAGAUUUCGUAAGUUCUUCUUUCUAGACACGUAUUGGAAUUUAUUCAUCGUGCAACAGCGUACUCGUGCGAAAACGCUAGCAAAGAUCGCUGCCAACGAGAAGGCUGGUUACCCAGCCUUUUCGUGGGCGGGAAUUCGUACUCGAUACAGUACGUUCAUCAACAAAGGCUACAUCGUGUUUCUCGACAGGCAGUGCGCUCGCCCCAGAAACUGGAACAAGCGAGCAUGUGCAUAG